UAUAAAAUGCUUGUGGAUGAGCGCUAAGGGAGUUGGACAAUUUUAGAGUGGUCUAUGUCCGAGCAAGUUCGCAAAUACUAGUUGUUAGAUCAUUUGAAAAGCUAGAACAAAUUUACUUGUGUUUAAACUUUCUGUUUAAGGCAACUAUACAGCUUACUACAGUGGUGCCUAAUGCGAUAGUCGGUAUCGUUUUUAUGUGGUCGCUGUUCCGGAAACGCAUUUGCAAAGACUGCUGCGUAAUUCUGUUUCUUUAUAGUGUAUUACAAAACUUAGAAGUGCCAGACGACUUAUAUAUCAUUACAGUGAAGAUGUAUAACGCCAUGUAGACAAUCACUUGCUUUCAGGCGCUUCUGCAUAAUUGCUUCUAGAUAAUGCUGCUUAUAAAUACAGACUGAUUUUUUCAGCAUAUUGUUUAUUCAAUAUAGUAAUCAACGUGUGUGACGCGUAGUCCACGACGAAAAUCGUAGUUAGAAAAAUUAGAGUGCGAGCAAGUGACAAAAUCUGUAUUUGAAAUACAACCUCAAAGUAUUCAUGAGAUGUAUCAGGAACCCUUUAAUAUUAUGGUUAUUAUUUAUUUUUAGUGCUUCAAUCUGGUAUUCGGAGUACUGUAAAACGUAGCACAAAGUGUAAGCGUAAAAUUCCAGAAAGGGGAAAGAGACAUAAAAACUACUGUAUUUCAGUUUUUGACUGGACUGGCCGUAAUUUCGUGCAAUAAUACGCAACGGCAAAUAUGCUGAAGUCAUCACAUCGAAACGAGCUCCUUCGGGCUGUUGGAUUUUUCUCAAAUUAUUUUCUUAUUUGUUGCAUUUUGCCGAUGAUUUGAUCUUAAGGGAAGAUGUUUAAAUCAGAGCGUCGUUUCUACUUCUUUAGUUGUCCGAGCGAACGAGAGAAUGUAUUGGCAAGUCGGUUUCCUUGACCUACAUCUCAAAAAACUUCGCAGUUGUGCGGAUAGAUGGCGCAGCAGACACGUUCUUCAAGUCUUGUCGGAAUGUUCCUGCCCCACCAGAUGAUUCAGAACUUGCGGUCUACGUCACUAUUGACGUCACCGUGACGUUGAGUGUACGUGAGGAGACGGAAAUUUCAAUCCCUUCAUUCUCUGCUUCAAUAAAGUAAUUUCUAUAACUUAUAAGUAACUACACAAGCUUUGGCGAUCUUUAUUAUGUGCCAGAAAUGAUUGAUCGUAGAAUAUGUAACAUAUACAGCGUGGAAUGUUUCCAUUUGUUUAUUUCAUGUACGUGCGCUGCGCACUCGUGCUAGCCUCGGUUCCCCCACCACCGCGGGGCCUCCAGUCGCCUCCUGACUGGCGAGGCUACUGCGCAGGCGCCGCAAGCCAGCGGUUUUUCCUAGUUGUAACUUGCAUCAGCUCCGCACUCGGCGAAGUGAUCUCGAGUGGAGAGGACGUGUUCGCGAAAGCUCCGCCGUCUCGUCGGCGGCAGUUCUCGAGGAAGUAAAAGUGUGUGUUUGAGUUCUCAGUUUCUCAAGUGGGCGUAACUUCACGCGUGCAUUACACAUCGUUGCCGUCAGUAGGACUGUCGUCAUCUGAACAGUGAACAACACGGCAGCAAUUUGUGAUUUGUCGGAGGACCUGUGUAGUGUUAUCAGUGAUCGAAGUGUGAAUUUUGAAGACAGCUGGAACCAAGCAUGGUAUGUUGGCUGCGGUACAAUGGAUUCGCCGCAAAUGUAUGACAACGCUCAUCCUUCAGUAACGUCAGUGGACAUUGCGGCUAAAAAAGUGCUAGUGAACGGUCAGAAUAGCAGCCCCAUCUCGUCGAUCAACAACACAGGCAAGUCUACAGGUGCGAUUCUUCUGAAGCAUCAACAGUACCACCUGCAAGAGCAUCAGGGCGAUCUGGCAGACCUGAAUACCCCGGAGAUAUCGUUAGAUCUGCAGAAUCUAAUAGAGGACAGUCAGUUUAACGAAGGACUUUUUACGGAAAUUUUGAACGGGCAGCCGCACGGUGUAGUGAAGAACGCGCACCACAGCCACCACCACCAUCACAGCCACCACCCGCACGCCGGCCACCACCCUCACCCCGCAGCGCAGCACCUGCCUUCGCACCACCCUUCCGCGCGCUCGGCCAACACGGCUUCGCUGCUCGGCUCCGCGUAUCCCCGCACUACUUUGGCGUAUAUGCCCCAGCCCGUCCACUCGGGCGCGACUUACAACUCUGCGGCGGCAGUCACCGCCGCGAACGGCGCCAACUCGAACGGCAGCACCGUCUCCGAGAACAGCUCGUCGGCGUCGACGGGCUCCGUGCCGAGCAUCAAAGAGGAACCACUGGAUCCUGCGGAUUUCCGCGGCGCCGCAUGCCAGCAGCAGGGAGGCGGCAGCGGCGGCGCCAAUGCAGCCGUGCCCGUGCCGUACUCCGGCGCGGCCUACUCGCCCCCGUCCGGUAACUUCGUCAGCAACGGGGGCGGCUCGACGUUCACGACGCUGGUGACGCCGGGUGCUGCGGCGGCGGCGGCCGCUGCCGCGGCGGCGGCCGUGCACGGGCACCACCCGCACCCACACCACCACCCCCACCAGCUGCUGGCCGCGGCGAGUCUGGGCGCCGCCAAGGCCGGGGGUGCGCCCGCGGCGCCUCCCUCCGCCCCCAAGCCGCCGCAGAUGCACCACCACGGCUCGGCGGGCGGCGGCGGCCGCAAGAGCUCGAAGGCGAUCGACAAGGCCAGCGACGAGUACCGCCGGAGGCGAGAGCGCAACAACAUUGCGGUGCGCAAGUCGCGCGAGAAGGCGAAGAUUCGGUCGCGGGAGACGGAGGAGAAGGUGAAGCUGCUCGUGAAGGAAAACGAACGCCUGCAGAAGCGCAUCGAGCUGCUGACGGAAGAGCUGAACGUGCUGCGGUCGCUGUUUGCCAACGUGGGCGUCGUCCCGGAGCAGCUCCACCGCGAGAUCAACAAGCACCUGGAUGCCUUCCAGCAGCAGCACCAGGGCCUGUGAUGGGGGCGUUCGGGCCCGGACUCCGGCCCGACUCGACACCACCAGCACGCCGUACCUGUACCUGAGGGCGCGCCAGGUAGUAUUAGCUCUGCUGACGGACCUACUAAAUUUGUUUCGCCGCAAUUCUUGCUCGGACAGUCGAGUGUGCAGUGUAUGUACAGAUAAGACGUUCACCGUGCGCGAGUGUCACGACCUGCACAGGCAGAGUUUCGGCUUGGCUCCCUGAUGUCAGUCGAGGGCGAAUGUCGCCGCUCCUCUUCAGUAAAAAUAUUCUCAGAGAAAUAGUUAAAAGACGGUCUGGCGUAGGACCUGUAGAUCUCCUGUGCUUUAUUUGCAGAACGUUUCCAUUCCUUUUACUUCUCGCACUAAAAUUGCCUUUUCAUGUCAUCUGUCACAUUUCAUUAUUACCCUAUAUAUAAACUGAAAUGAUUGCUCUUUGGCCUGGAGCAGGUGUGCACGUCAAAGAUUGCGCUAAAUUACCUGUUAUAUCGAGCCCUUUCGAUGCAAAAAAUCUCAUUUCACGAGUUAAAAAAACUGUCUUACAAAUUAUCAUCACUGUCCCAACGUUUCUCUAAUCUGUUUUGUGUAUUUUUGAUACCCUUCAUCUACUGUCGAAUUCCGUUUAGUGCCUUGCAAAGUGUUGUACUGUAGCCUACGAUGUAAAUACGAGUAAAUGAAUGGUUCCUAAUUUGGUGUAGUGCGAAAUUUUUGUACAGUCGUCAGAAUUUCUAUUCUUGGAUGCAGUACUCUGCACAUACUGUAGAACUUCUACAGUGGAAGUAUACUGGUGCUUUCAAUUGCAGUUGUGUAACAAUUUAGUCUUUUUAUUCGUAUAAUUUAUACGAGAACAUAUAUGUUCGUAUCUUUUAACAAAAAUUAGACUAAUGAAAUAUAUCAAUAAUUUUCUAUGAUUUUUAUUGAGAUAACGAUUCUAUAUUUCUGGACUAUAUUCUCAUAAUGAGUGACAUUUUCUAUACUAACUGUUCCGUUCCAAGAGUUGUGACAGAUGUAUAUUUCUAAUGAACAUGUACAAUAAAUGCAUGUAAUUACUAUAUGUAAAGACAAUCUGCAAAUUGUGUGUUUCCAGCUGCAAUAACAAUGAUGCACAUGUAUAUGAAGUGUAAUUUACUAUGUACAUGAGGAAGACAAGACUUCAGUCAUUGUGUUGGUCUCUAAAUUGUGAUCGCCUCAACUGUGUAGAAAAGAAUUAAAUCUCAUAGUAUUUAAAUUUUAGUGCAACAUUUGUUUUUGUUGAAUGUAAAUUUUAAUAAUAAAUACGUUGAAUUAUGAAAUAAAAUAUAUAAUUGAAAGUUACUUGUUGAGCAGUUUUAUUAGAUUUUAUUUAAGUUGUGUGAUAGAUAAAGUUAAGAAAUUGCAGGAUAUUUUCAUGGUAUCUGAAUUAGAUACUGAUUGUUUUUAAUUUUAUAAAGAAGCUUCUAGAGAAUUGGAAACCUACAAUGUGUGGCAAGCAUGACUUGUGCUGUUUUGUUUAUUAAAUAUUGUUCUGUCAUUGCAUUAGACAACUGAAGCACGCAUGCAAAAAUUAUGCAAUCUCAUCUGAAUUUGAUCUAGAUAAACUGAAAGAGAGACGUCAUAACUGCAGGCUGUUAGGUUCAGUAGGCUUCAUCACACCAAAGACUGCACUGUCAUUCGAAGUUCUGAUAACGGCAGCAAUAUAGACAAUUAUAGCUGGUAUAAUCAAAAGAAACGAAGGUCAUGUGUGUUUGUGUGAAACUGGUAUGAACACAUAUUUAUACGUUAAAACUAGUAUUUAUUUUUGUUUCCAUAAAUGUGGUGAAUGUUAACCAGCAGUGAAUGUAUAGUGUAUGACAGUGUGAAAACUUCUUGUCAUGUGCACAAAAGUAUAUUUUGAUAAAAAAUAUAUGAGAAAUAGAAGAAACAA